CCUUUACCAUAAAGUAGUAAAACCAUUUUGCUACAAUCUUGAUCAGUACUCGAUCAUGGCUGAGAAAAGAGAGCAAGCGAAGCCGUUAGCCCCGGCUUCUGUCGAGAUCAAGAUGGACGAAAAUGAAGACAUAUCAACGGUAUUCAGACGGCAUCACCACCGAAAGUGCCUCACUUGCUGUGGCUGCAUAACUGCCAUCUUCUUAAUUCUAGUUAUGAUCAUAUUGAUACUCGUGUUCACUGUUUUUCGCGUAAAGGAUCCCGUGAUCAAGAUGAACAGCGUAACGAUUCAAGGAGUCGGUGCACUUCUGAGGAUGAAUAAUCCCCGUCCAGGUAUUAACCUAACAGUUGAAGCUGAUGUUUCUGUCAAGAACCCUAAUGUGGCCUCCUUCAAGUUUAGCAACGCUACAACAAGUUUAUACUACGACAGUAGUGUCAUUGGUGAAGCUCAAAUUCCGGCUGGCCAAGCCAAGGCGCGAAGAACUCUUGAUAUGAAUGUUUCUAUUGAUGUUAUGGUGGACAAAAUAUUGGCUGUACCAAGAUUAAGAAGUGACUUGAAUUCAGGGACACUGCCUAUAAGUAGCUAUACAAAAAUAAGUGGAAAGGUGAAGAUUAUCAACAUUAUAAAAAAGCAUGUUGUGGUGCAAAUGAAUUGCACAAUGACUGUUAAUAUAAAUAGCCAAGCCAUUGAAGAUCAGAAUUGUAAGAGGCGAAUAUCUAUAUAAUUUAGACCAUUUGCGUA